AUGAGAUUCAACGCCUUGUCUGGCCUGGCCUGCCUCCUCCUCGCAGGCCAGUGCCACGGCCUUGUUUCCGAGUCCAUCGACACCUGCUCCGUCGACGAAUCUGCGACCUGCCAAUGCCCGCCCAUCAGCAGAUGCCGACCUGCAAACAACUUGCCGGAGCGAUUCUUCCCCCGGACGUACGACACAUGCCCGAAUGGUGCGCCUCCCUGCUGCGUCGAAAGAGGGCCUGGACCUUUAAAAAUGUCAUACUCUACGAGGCAAACCAACCUCCAAUGCGGCCAAGAUUUCAGCGAGAAUGAUCCGCAAGGCGUUCAAAAUGGAGUUACCUACUCCAUCGAGGACUGCCCCACGACCGAAAAAUACCUCCACAUCGUCCUCAGCCCGAUCCGUAGUGUUACCGUCACGGACAUUCACCUGCAGGUCGAUGACGACCCCAUCACCGUCAACACUGGGCUUGGAAACUGGGCUUUCAACAGUUAUUGCACUGAGAGUCCCAGUGAGUGUUGGGUCCCGGUCAGCGCUAUUCUUGAGACAUUCGAAAACCCAUCGGCAACCUCUUUGUGCGGCGAGACGGUCUAUGUUGCAGCUGGAAUCUCCAUCACCAGUGGUGGCAGUGAUGAUACCUGUUUCAACCAGGGACCGAGGAUCAGCCCAAUUGGUAACUGGUUCAUGUACCAUGCACUGGAGUUUGAGUGCGAGGAGGAUGUUUGCCAACGCAAAUGCUGCUGCGCAUCUGCCCCGCUUCGAAGGAGAAGCCAUGUGUAG